GUAUGAAUUUCUUUUCGAACUAUGUAUAGUUAAUAGGGGUUUCACUAUGGUUUCCAAAUAGGGCCGUUUUUGCUAGCAUAUCCACCCCGUUCUUUCUCACGAUUUUGAGAAGAAUAAGACAAGGCUCCUGAGUACUUGCACAGUUUGUGAGCGUUCGUAGAUGCAGUAAUCUAGAAUUCAACGUGUUAAGUUUGAAUAAAUUAUUCGUGCUACAAUACAAGUUAACAAUCACAUGAUUUUCGAACUAAUCUGACAGUUACAAAAUAUUUAUAAUGCGCUGUAUGUUCGACUUGUCUUUAAUUGCGUAUCAUAUUUUAUUAAUAUUUAAUAAAACUUGUGUGAUUUACUUCUUGAAAUCAGAACUGCAUAACUUAUACAUCUUAAAUCCAGUCAGAAACAUUCCAUCAUACCAAUACCUCAGGCUACAUACUAACAUGUCAUAGUAUAUGAUACCAUAGUUUCCAAACAUACGUGAAUUCCUCUCAAUAAGAUGCAUACAUAGACAACGUAUGUAAUUAUUCAACAUAUACAUUAAUACAAGCUUUCCUCAAACUAUAAGAACGAUUUUUUUCGAAAAAAGUCUCUUUCCUAAAAGCAGCAAAAUACAAAAUUUCAAGAAACCAACAACGCAAUCGUGUUCCCCGACCCCGACUACCUUCGAUCAGACCUAUCCAUACAGGAUAUUGUUUGAGGUUAGUUAAGUUUAUGCAUUUGCUUUCCUAUUGGACCAGCGAGCGAACGCAUUUAACUCGUUUUUCGUAAUACCCUCCUUUCAGUAGAAGGAAUAAUGCCGUCUCCUGAAAUUUUGUCACCAAUUUCCACAUCACGUGCCGAAAAUAUUACUUCCUCUGAUUCCAAUGCUUCCUUGUCAAUCCAUCAUUUUCAAAUCGUAAUUCAGAUAAAUUUACAUGUUCUCAACUUCGAAUGAUGCUUAAAACAAGCCCCGAUGAAUAUAUUGUUGUAGAAAAUACGGGCAAACGAAUGUCUGGUUGCUGAAAUUCGUUUGGUUUUCCUGCGAUCGUUAAUAAUCGUGGUCAUCGUGAACGAAUCAAGGGCUUUGUUUCAUGUCGAAAAUGCUUUACCACAUAUUCUUUUAUUUCUAACAGUACUAGACUUCUUAAUCAGCAUGUUUGUGAUAAUUCAAAAGCCGAUGGAACUUCGACACAACAAAGUUUGGCCACGUUUUAUAUAACGAAAACUUCAAAAUUGAAAGAAUCUGAAGUUCUGAAAGUAAAAGAUUUACAAGCUAAACGGAUAUGUCAAAAUAUCCGUCUUUUUUCAAUCGUCAAAGAUGAUGGGUUACGUCAUUUGAUUCAAGAAUGUAUUUCUAUUGGUGCUCGUCAUCGUCAUGGAAACAUCGAUGUCGAUCAAGUAUUGAGAGGUGCUGAUGUAACCGCUGUACAUGUUUCAAAGCUUGCUGAUCGAAUCGAUUUCGUAUAG